UCUCUCUCUCUCUGGAAGGUGAAACUUCUUGAGUGUGUCAGGGUGGGCGGUAUGUAUUAAUUGCCACUCUGACAGUGAGUGUGUGUGGCCCCUGUGUUAGAGCCCCAGGCUGCAGCAGAAGCCUCAGGAGCUGCUGGUGACUCACUGGCGCGCGCUGGAAGAAUAAAUAGCGGAUUGGCGCGCUGAAGGAGGAAAAGAAUCCAGAAGCGCGAGACAAACUGGACUGGAGUUUAAACGGAGCGGAUCACAGCCGCGCGGGGAGCUUCUCACACAGAAUAAGUCUAAAUUAAGGCUGAACGAGGACUGAAUAAGGACACUAGAGACACGCAGUUCGAGCUGGAGUGAAAAGUCUGUGCACCUGUACCUGCAAACACGGUUAGUGAUGGCAGCCUCUUCAUCCUCCUCACCAGCCUGCGAUCCUCAGCUGGACCCAAACACAGCGAAUGUACGACCACCUCCAUCAGCGUGUGACGGGUGGUACGGGGUCGCGCACGGCUGCACGAGGAAGCUGGGGAUGAAGAUCUGCGGCUUCCUGCAGAAGAACAAUAGUUUGGAUGAGAAAGGACGCAUAGUGGGCACUUUCAGCCAGAAGCAGCAGUUGGUGAGUGAGCUGGGUGAGAGAGAGCAACGCUUUAGACGCACUGAGACUGACUUCUCCAACCUGUUUGCUCGAGAUUUACUUCCUGCUAAAAAUGGCGAAGAGCCAACCAUGCAGUUUCUCCUGGAGGUGGUGGACAUCCUCACCAACUACGUCCGCAAGACUUUCGACAGAUCCACCAAAGUGCUGGACUUCCAUCACCCCCACCAGCUGCUGGAGGGCAUGGAGGGCUUUAAUCUGGAGCUUUCUGACCAGCCCGAGUCUCUGGAGCAAAUACUAGUGGACUGCAGAGACACACUGAAGUACGGAGUCAGAACAGGACAUCCCAGGUUUUUUAACCAGCUGUCCACAGGUCUGGACAUCAUUGGCCUGGCUGGAGAGUGGCUAACCUCUACAGCUAACACCAACAUGUUCACCUAUGAGAUUGCUCCUGUGUUUGUGCUGAUGGAGCAGCUGACACUGAAGAAAAUGAGAGAGAUUAUUGGCUGGCCUAACGGAGAGGGAGAUGGACUUUUCUCACCAGGUGGCGCCAUAUCAAACAUGUACAGUGUGAUGAUUGCUCGGUAUAAGUAUUUCCCUGAGGUCAAAACCAAAGGCAUGUCAGCUGCACCACGUCUCAUUCUUUUUACAUCAGAACAUAGCCACUAUUCGAUCACCAAAGCUGGAGCUGCUCUGGGCUUUGGUAAAGAAAACGUCAUCCUGCUCAGCACAGAUGAGAGAGGACGGGUCAUACCUGCUGACCUGGAGGCCAAGAUCAUCGAUGCUAAACAGAAGGGUUAUGUGCCGCUCUUUGUGAACGCAACAGCCGGUACCACAGUAUAUGGAGCGUUUGACCCUAUCAAUGACAUUGCCGAUAUCUGCGAGAAGUACAACCUCUGGCUGCACGUGGAUGGUGCAUGGGGCGGUGGCCUGUUGAUGUCAAGGAAACAUCGUCACAAGCUGAGUGGCGUUGAGAGAGCAAACUCAGUCACAUGGAACCCACACAAGAUGAUGGGCGUCCCGCUCCAGUGUUCGGCCAUUCUGGUCAGAGAGAAGGGCAUUCUGCAGGGCUGUAACUCCAUGUGUGCCGGAUACCUGUUCCAGCCAGAUAAACAGUACGAUGUUACGUACGACACUGGAGAUAAAGCCAUCCAGUGUGGCCGACAUGUGGACAUCUUCAAAUUCUGGCUCAUGUGGAAAGCCAAGGGUACAGUGGGGUUUGAGCAGCACAUAGACAGAUGCCUGGAGCUUUCCGAAUAUCUGUACAACAAAAUCAAAAAUCGCCCAGGUUAUGAAAUGGUCUUCCAAGGAGAGCCUCAGCACACUAAUGUCUGCUUUUGGUACAUUCCACCGAGUAUGAGGAACAUGCCAGAUGGAGAGGAGCGAAGAGAGAGACUGCACAAGGUGGCACCAAAGAUAAAAGCAAUGAUGAUGGAGUCUGGCACCACCAUGGUGGGCUACCAGCCACAGGGAGACAAAGUCAACUUCUUCCGAAUGGUGAUCUCCAACCACGCCGCCACCAGGUCCGACAUUGAUUUCCUAAUCGAUGAAAUUGAGAGGCUGGGACAUGACCUGUGAUUGUGCCCUCACCUGGAAAGAGGAAGAUACUGCAGCACCAUUUUCCACCUAAUGAGUCAAAACGUGUGUAACGUCUGAUGAUAUUGUGUUUAGCUGUAGUGUGUUUAUCCGUUAUUUUCUGUCCCAUCAGUAGUAAUUUCCUUCAUUGUGCUGUUGGAUUUUUAGCGUGUACAGAAAAUUCUCUUCACACAAAGCCCACCAGUAAUUGACUUCUCCAUGCUCUGCCCACUAAUGCGUUUUUACUAGUGAGUGUUGCCAGGUUGGUCAAGAUUUAGAGAACACUAACAGAUUUCCUCUUCAACCUAAUGAGAAAGCCAGUGAACCUUCUGUUUAGCAUUUUCAACAGAUGUUUAUCCCUAAAAGUCUUAGUUACACUACAAAAAACUACACACAGUCUGUCGUAAGAGCAUGACCUUUCAUACACAUGCAAAAUGAACAUUAAAAGUAAUAAUGCUGAACAAACUUACAUAUUUUGACAAAAACAAAUUGUGUGCUGAAGGUUCUCAUUAGAUUAAAUGGUAUUUUUGCCAACAUUAUGCAAACCUGUUUAGCCUAGCAACUGUAGCUAUAAAAGAAUCCCAAACAUGGAUAGGUCAAUUACAGUGCUGUGUUUUAAUGCCAUGCCAUUCAGA